AUGUCCUAUCUUCUUCCCCACCUUCCCUCAGGCUGGCAUGUCGACCAAGCUAUCCUCGCCGAAGAGGAUCGUGUCGUUGUCAUCCGCUUUGGGCACGACUAUGACCCAACUUGCAUGAGGAUGGAUGAGACGCUCUACGGCAUCGCUGAGAAGGUGCGCAACUUCGCCGUCGUCUACCUCUGCGAUAUCACCGAGGUCCCAGAUUUCAACAAGAUGUACGAGCUCUACGACCCCUGCACGGUCAUGUUCUUCUACCGCAACAAGCACAUCAUGAUCGACCUGGGCACAGGAAACAACAACAAGGUCAAUUGGGCUGUAGAGGACAAGCAGGAGAUGAUCGACCUCAUCGAGGUGGUAUAUCGUGGGGCAUCAAAGGGCAGAGGUCUCGUCGUCAGCCCCAAGGAUUAUUCGACUAGGCAUAAGUACUAGAUGGCCAGAUGCCACCGCUCUUUUUGCCCCCGCUACCGAUCCCGAACAUCUGUAACAUCACACACUCUCUCAAACAAUACCAACGCAUUCUUCGCUAGAUUAUCAU